AUGCCUCACUUUGACGAAACCAAAGCCUACGCGGUGCAGGAGGAGGUCUUCUUCGACGAUGGCCGCGAAAUCGAGCUACUGCACUUUGUCUACGCCCAGCCAGACAUUGACGAGAUCCGCGGCUCGCCCGAGCGUGUGCUGGCCGCCAUUGAUGAUUUCGGUCGCAAAAAGAAGUACCUCAUGAACGUCGGCGAGGACAAGGGCAAGAUCGUGACGGAUCUGAUUGCUGAAGUCAAGCCCAAGGUUAUGGUCGAGCUGGGCGGGUACGUCGGCUACUCCUGCAUCCUCUUCGGCGCGGCGGUCCGCAAGGCGGGCGGCCAGCGCUACUACUCCCUCGAGCGCAACCCCGAGUUCGCCGCCGUCAUCAUGUCCCUCGUCGACCUCGCCGGCCUCUCCGACAUCGUCAAGGUCGUCGUCGGGCCCAGCGACGCCUCCAUCCAGCGCCUGCACGCCGCCGGCGACCUCCCCAGGAUCGACCUCAUGUUCCUGGACCACUACAAGCCCGCCUACACGACCGACCUCAAGCUGUGCGAGCAGCUCGGCAUCGUCGCGCCCGGGUCCGUCCUCGCGGCCGACAACGUCAUCAAGCCCGGCAACCCGCCGUAUUUGGAGUACGUGCGGAGCUCGGUCGCGGAGAAGCGUGCCGCCGCCAAAGAUGUUGCCAAGGCGCGCAAGGAGAGCGGCUUCUUUGACGACCGGACCGCGAAGCAGUAUCUCAAGCGCGAGGGCGAGGAGAGGUUAGACUUGACGAGGGUUGGGAACCCGCAUCUCAAGUAUGAGAGCCGGCUGAUCAACAGCUUCGAGCCGACUGGUGUGCCCGACGGUGUUGAGAUCACAAGAUGUAUCAGCGAGGAAGCUGAGUAA